AUGGACUAGACUCAUAAAUCAAUCAUUACAGAAAUCUUACCAAAUACUAAGAGAACUCUUGAGAGGAGAUAGAAGCAAUUAGAGGAGGAAUAGAAGAAGAAAAAAGAGGUUUCAUUAUAAUUUAUAUAAUUAUUUAGUAAGAGACACAAUAAAAAGAGUAAGCAGAAAAGUAAAAGAAAUUCCAAUAAUAUUUGAUUGAAUAAGAAAGAAUUAAGAAAUAAGAAGAAGAUAGAAAAAAAGAAGAAGAAAAAAGAAGUUAAGAAGAAAUAUAAUAAAUGAAUACAUUAAAAGGUGAGUAUGGUAAUAUGAUGAUUGAUUUGGCUACUGGGGAUUCUAAAUUAGAUUAUACUAUUUCAGGAUUAGAUCUGAGACCAACAUAAAUUAGAGUUUUAGUGAAGGUUACAGAAAAUAAUAAUACAUUAAAAGGUUUAUCAAUGAGUAGGAAACGUAUAGGAGAUGAAGAAGGAUAAGAGAUUGCAGCAAGUUUAGAAAAAAAUAUGGUGUUAGAAAGGUUGAUAUUCUAAUCUAUAUUAGAUUAGAAUUAGAAGGUAACAAUCUUGGACCAAAAACAUUAGUUUCCAUUUCAAAAUUAUUAGAAAUCAAUAAAUCUAUUCGAGUUAUUGAUUUAGAAAAUAAUAAUUUAACAAAUCAUGACAAAGAUAGAAAUACUUAUGAUUAUAGUGGAAUAUAUGCUUUAUGUGAAGCUAUAGAAAAAAAUGAUACUCUUUUAUAAUUAAAUCUAUGUAAUUGUAAACUAGAUGAGAAAUGUGGUGAAGCUUUGGCCAAUGCUUUAAGAGAUAAUACAAGUUUAAUUUGUUUAGAUAUUACUGAAAAUCCAAAAAUGAAUUUAAAUGAUGUUAGAAAAUGUUAGGAUUAUUUGAUUAGAAAUAAAAAGAUUUAUGAUGAUGAACGAUAUAGAGAAUUUUAAGAGAGAUAAAGAAUUAGAAAUGAAGAUUAAACUUCUACUAUUUAAAUGUAAGAUAAGGAAAAGACUAUUACAGCUUAAGAGGGUAUUGAAUAAAGGUAUAUUAAUUAAUUGAUUAUAUCUAGAAUGAAUGCUAGAAGAUUAGAAUUGGAAUAAAAUUGGAAAGAAGAAUUAGAGAAGGAGGCUAAAUUAAAAGAAAAAACUGUGCACAAUUUAAUGAAAUAAGCUAAAUUACUUGGAAAAAAGAAAGGUAAAGGAGGAGGUGCUAAAAAAAAGUGA